UGGGAUUUUUAGGUCAGAAGAUAUGAACUUGGUCAAGUGCAUUAUGAGUAAGGACUCUGCAUUUGACCUUAUGGAAGCAUUUGGAGCUCUUGGAGUCGCAGACUUCAUUGACCUCAACAAGCAUGAACAAGUCUAUGACCUUCCUUUUACAAAGCAGAUUAGGCGCUGCAAUGAUAUCACCAGGAAGAUCGACUAUCUUAAGGAGAUAUAUGAAAUGAGGACAAGCAAAUAUGCUGUCUUUGACAAGAUAGAGAAGGAAUGUGAUGAAAAAGAGAACUUCAUUAAUGAACAGACUAAGAGUAUCAAGGAUAUGCGGCAUAAUUAUAAUUAUCUGAGAGAAUAUAGGGAAGUCUUGAAAAAGGUAUCAACAUUGAUGCUGAAAGAGCCUGAAAAUGUCAACAUAAACAGAUUUUCUAACCUUGGAAGAGACCAAGAGGACCGUAAAAGUAUUGGUGAUCAUGUCUUUAUGAGAGGGUCUGAGGAGUCUGAUGAAGAAAUAUCACCUUCAAAGAAUGCUCAACGUGUCCCUCAUAUGAAAAUGCUAAGCAUGAGCUAUCUUGCUAGGAUUAUAGAAAUGGAUGAUAUUGCAAGAAUGAAAAGAAUCGUUUUCAGAGCAUCUAGAGGAAACGCAUUGAUCGACUCUAUUCCCAUAGAUAUUGAGAUUAAGGAAUUUUCAGGGCAGAUUAAAAUGAAAGAUGUGUAUAUCAUCACUUUUCAAGAAGGAGAAACUCUCAGGGGUAAGCUUGAAAGGGCCUGAGAUUCUUUUAAUAAAGAUCAUUUACAGAUUCCUGGAGAAAGUAUUCAAAAUAAAGGACGCAAAUUAUCUGAUUACCACGACAAAAAUGAGAUGAGGGCUUAUUUAAAAGAAGUCUGCAAACUUAAAGAAACUCAUUUAGCAGGAUUAGCAGUAUCUAGGUUGAUUCUAUACAAGAUGAUAGUAGAAUAUGACAAAGCAGUAUAUUCAAAUCUUAAUAAGUUUGUGCCUAAGACAGCUCUUUCUCAGGGCUACUUUUGGUCAACUCGUAGUUCUGGCGAAAUUCUCCAUAUGCUUGAUCUUGAAGGGUAUUCUUUGUCAGAAAUUCAGUUAGAGGAUUGUUUGAAUCAUAAAAUCCCUCCUCUAACUUAUUUUAGAACGAACACUUUCUUAGGACCAUUCCAAGAGAUUGUGAAUACUUACGGGAUUCCAUCCUAUAAUGAAGCGAACCCUGCUUUGUUCACUAUUAUUACAUUUCCAUUCCUGUUCGGUGUCAUGUUUGGAGAUAUCGGACAUGGUAGCUUCUUGUUCCUCUUUGGAGCACUUUUGUGAUUCUUCUCUGGUCCUUUGAGCAAGUCAGCUCUUAAGGAUCUUGUGGAUGUAAGAUAA